GGACCGUAACCAUAGAAGGUCAAUGCCGACCAAACUAUCAAGAUUGGACCACAGAACCACCGAAGAACAGGAUAAUACAGCGGGAGCCAUUAACAGCUUGAUCGUAAUAUUCGGUCACCACUUCCUCAUGAUAUGGCUUGCAGUGCCUCAACUCAACCUCUCUUCAUCCUCAAACUCUUACCUUCUCACCCAACUCAUCGAACGAAACCAUCAAAAGCUUUCAUCUGUUACACUCAACGGAGAACACUCCCUUGUUUAACUUAUGACAGUCAUUUUAAGGCCAAUUUUCCCACGUUCCCGAAGCUCCCUUUGCUCUCUGGCCGUCUAAGCAGAUUCAAUGUAGGAGUACAGAAAAUGGAUGCUUCUGGGGAAGAGGGUGAGUCGCUUGUUUCUGACGCAACGUAUCAGGAGAAAUUUACAUGGUCUUCUGUGAUUUUUCCGUUUUUGUUCCCAGCCUUGGGAGGUUUGUUGUUUGGGUAUGACAUUGGUGCCACCUCUGGUGCUACCAUCUCAUUACAGUCACCUGAGCUCAGUGGAACAACUUGGUUCAACCUUUCAGCCAUUCAGCUUGGACUUGUGGUUAGUGGUUCCCUUUAUGGAGCUCUUCUUGGUUCCCUUCUUGUCUAUCCAAUUGCAGACUUCCUUGGGAGGAGGCGAGAACUUAUCACGGCAGCUGUGCUAUAUGCGCUUGGUGGUCUGACCACUGCCUAUGCUCCAGCCCUUGGUGUUCUUUUAGUGGGACGGCUGCUCUAUGGCCUUGGUAUUGGUUUGGCCAUGCAUGGGGCUCCUCUCUAUAUUGCAGAAACUUGCCCAUCUCAGAUUCGUGGAACUCUAGUAUCUUUAAAGGAGCUCUUCAUAGUUCUUGGGAUUCUGUUGGGCUAUUUUAUUGGAAGCUUUCAGAUUGAUGUAGUUGGAGGGUGGCGUUACAUGUUUGGAGCUAGUGCACUGAUUGCUCUUAUUAUGGGACUCGGCAUGUGGAGUCUUCCACCAUCUCCACGCUGGCUGCUUCUUAGGGCCGUCCAAGGAAAAGGUUUAUUACAAGAUUACAAAGAGAAAGCAGUUCUUGCUCUGAGCAAACUAAGGGGCCGUCCUCCUGGUGACAAGCUGUCUGAAAGGCAAAUAGAAGACACAUUUGUCUCAUUGAAAUCUGCAUAUGCGGAUCAGGAGUCUGAGGGCAGUUUCUUGGAGGUCUUUCAAGGCUCAAGUUUGAAAGCAUUCCUAAUUGGUGGGGGGCUGGUCCUUUUUCAACAGAUAACUGGGCAACCAAGCGUUCUAUAUUAUGCAGGUCCAAUACUUCAGACUGCUGGGUUUUCUGCGGCCUCUGAUGCUACCCGAGUUUCUGUUGUAAUUGGUGUGUUCAAAUUACUGAUGACAUGGGUAGCUGUCCUAAAAGUAGAUGAUCUUGGGAGAAGACCCCUGCUAAUCGGAGGAGUCAGCGGGCUUGCUCUUUCUUUAUUUCUGCUUUCUGCUUAUUAUAAAUUUCUCGGAGGAUUCCCUAUUGUUGCUGUAGCUAGUCUACUUCUCUAUGUCGGUUGCUACCAGAUUUCAUUUGGCCCGAUCAGUUGGCUUAUGGUGUCAGAGAUAUUCCCACUUCGGACAAGAGGGCGAGGGAUUAGUCUUGCAGUUCUUACUAACUUUGGCUCAAAUGCCAUUGUAACCUUUGCAUUCUCACCAUUGAAGGAGUUUUUAGGAGCGGAAAAUCUCUUCCUUCUUUUCGGGGCUAUUGCUUUGUUGUCACUUUUGUUUGUACUGCUCGUUGUCCCAGAGACCAAAGGGCUGAGCUUGGAAGAGAUUGAGUCGAAGAUUUUGAAGUGAAAGCGCAAAUUGAAAAUUUGUACCAGUCGAGCUUCCAAUACACCCAAGUUGUUUUGGUUAGUCUGUGAACUUGUUUCCUUUUUUUUUUUUUUUUUUAUCGUUUCUGUGAACUUGUAUACUAUCAUGAUACUUCAAGGUCACCUGUUUAAAGCUUCCUUGAGCCGCCUGUCUUACCAUUUCAUAAAAGCAACCUUAUUAUAUUGUACAUCAAGUAAUGGCUCUUCAGCCAGACUACUAAUUAGCUGAUGGUAUUUUUUUAUAAUCACUCAGGCACCCAAUCAGAAUGGGUUAUGUAAAGAUUUAGUGCAUAUUAUUAGUAAUUCGUGGUCCCAACUA